AUGCCCUCGGCCAUGACCGUGUACGCGCUGGUGGUGGUGUCCUACUUCCUGAUCACCGGAGGAAUUAUCUAUGACGUGAUCGUGGAGCCUCCGAGCGUGGGGUCGAUGACAGAUGAACACGGACAUCAGAGGCCGGUGGCUUUCUUGGCAUACAGAGUAAAUGGACAGUAUAUUAUGGAAGGCCUUGCAUCCAGCUUCCUCUUCACAAUGGGUGGCCUAGGAUUUAUAAUUCUGGAUCGAUCCAAUGCACCAAAUAUCCCCAAGUUGAAUAGGUUUCUUUUGCUCUUUAUUGGAUUUGUCAGUGUACUUUUGAGCUUCUUCAUGGCCAGAGUUUUCAUGAGGAUGAAAUUACCGGGCUACUUGAUGGGUUAG